GAGAGUUCUCCGUACUAUCAACAGCUUCAACACAUAUCUAUCUACACAGCUGGACAGAAAGCCCAGGCAGAAGACAAUGAGCGUAAAUGAAAAAGAACCUCCCCCCUACAACAUACCAGUUGAAGGACAAGGUGAUAAUGGGGUGAAGGUAUAUCAUGUCCAUACCCCCUUCAACCCUCCUUCCUCCACCAUCCCCUCCAAUAACUACUAUGUGUCUCAGUCUCAGGGCAAACCAGUGUACACCAGUGGAGGAGGUGGUAUUGGAGGAGGUGGUGAAACUCCUACUCAGAAGUUUGUGAGUUAUGACACAGAACUGGGCCGUUCAGAGGGCAUGACCACCUGUACUUCCUGUCAACAACAGGUGAUGACGAACGUCACCUAUAAAGUCGGAGCCUUCGCCUGGCUAUCGUGCAUCCUUUUCAUCCUCUGUGGGUUGGUAGUGGGCUGUUGUCUGAUCCCGUUCUUCUUGAAACACUUUAAGGAUGUGUACCACUCCUGUCCUCGCUGUAACCGCAUUAUCCACGUGGAAAAGCCAAGCUGCUGCUACCGCCAUACCACCACCCGCCACUAGGGGAGCUGCUGCUGACUGCCAUACCACCACCCACCACUAGGGGAGCUGCUGCUGACCGCCAUACCACCACCCACCACUAGGGGAGCUGCUGCUGACUGCCAAUAUGCUUUACUACCAGCAGGGGAGCUGUGGCUCUGCUCUCAGUCUGACCACUGGCCACUCUCUCAGUCUGGGCUGGAUUCCAUUAGAAAUGCAUCAGUACAGUGAAAUGCCUUUCUCACAGGAAACAUGCUCCCUUUCCCUCAUGCACCCACAGCUCGGUGGAGGAGUUGGAGAGUGGUUAUAUUUAUCCAGCCUCAUCCCUCAGCUGUUUACCAAUGCAGUGGCGGGGUCAGGGUGACCGUUUGGUAGUUCUUUGAAUUGCAGAUUGCCCUUUAAAAUGUGGGUUUCAAUACUGCUCUUAUCUACACUCUUUCAUAACAGCGAGGGAGAGGAAAAGGGGGGAUGUUUUCAGAAUGGAAUCCAGCCGAAGGGAGAGACCCCCUAGCAGCAGCCCCACAGAAACCUACAGGAUUACACAGUCAUUGGAUGAAUCCCAAAAUGGCACCCUACUCCCUAUAUAGUGCACUACGUUCGAGAGGGAGCUAGUACAAAGUAGUGCACUACAUAGGGAAUAGGUUACAAUUUGGUACGCACAUUAGUUUAAAUGCUGACCUAAUUUACUGUACCAGAGGGUUGUAAAUAGUAUGAAUCUGUAAACAAUUUUUUGUAAAAUUAAAAUAAAAACAAGCUAGCAGAUGAAGAUGUGGUAGAGCUCUACCUGGACCUUGUUCACAGAGGGAGCAGGGAUGCACAAUAACCUUCCCAGGUUUCCCACAAACCCAGGUUGGUAAAUGUAUACAUUACUAUCUAUAAUGCCCUGGGUUGACCAACCGACAGACAACGAGCCCAAUAUUCAGAUAAUUAUCAUUAUAACUAUGAUUCCUACAAUCGGGCGUCAUUUAGGGCCCUCCCCGGGUCUUCCCCCUUUUCACAAAGCUGUUAUGUACAUAAAGGACUGGGUGUUUUACCUUAUUUUAGAAUAAACCAAAUAUGAUUUUAUUGAUAAAACUCAUCAGUCUGUCAACUACAAUGACGUGCAACAUCAUACAGCUAACCUGAUGGAGUUCUGUUAUAUUGUAUAACACCACACAGCUGACGAGACAUGGAGUUCUGUUAUAUUGAUGUGUAACACCACACAGCUGACGAGACAUGGAGUAGUUAUAUUAAUGUGUAACACCACACAGCUGACGAGACAUGGAGUACUGUUAUAUUGAUGUGUAACACCACACAGCUGACCUGAUGGAGUUCUGUUAUAUUGAUGUGUAACACCACACAGCUGACGAGACAUGGAGUAGUUAUAUUGGUGUAAUACCACACAGCUGACGAGACAUGGAGUUCUGUUAUAUUAAUGUGUAACACCACACAGCUGACGAGACAUGGAGUACUGUUAUAUUGAUGUGUAACACCACACAGCUGACCUGAUGGAGUUCUGUUAUAUUGUGUAACACCACACAGCUGACGAGACAUGGAGUUCUGUUAUAUUAAUGUGUAACACCACACAGCUAACCUGAUGGAGUUCUGUUAUAUUGAUGUGUAACAACACACAGCUGACGAGACAUGGAGUACUGUUAUAUUGAUGUGUAUCACCACACAGCUGACCUGAUGGAGUUCUGUUAUAUUGUGUAACACCACACAGCUGACGAGACAUGGAGUUCUGUUAUAUUGAUGUGUAACAACACACAGCUGACGAGACAUGGAGUGUUAUAUUGCUUAUAUAAAUUAUAUCCCUCUAAUAAAAUAUGUUAUCACUUUU